CAUGGGUAAAAUAUUAACUGACGGACUGUCUGCGUAUUGAAGGUUACAAGCUUCGUUUAUUGACAGAUUGCGCAACUAAAUGCGAUUUGUAAUCCUUAUAGGCCUCGCAGGAAAAACUAAAUAUUUUUUGUAUAUACUGAGCACGGAGGAUGAGUUGAGGAGUCUCUCUGUAGUCCGGAGGUAUGGUAGCGGAUACUUCUGUAUCGCGUGCAAGGCGGCAGCAGGGGGUGAACAGGCUCUCGCUGAGGUGGGUUUUAUCUUUUAAUAGAUCCUCCGGGUUCUACGCAGCCACCUCCCCUCACCGAUAUCACUGAUGCUCUGUUAAUGAUAUACACUACCGUUCAAAAGUUUGGGGUCAGUUAGAAAUGUCUUUAUUUUUCAAAGAAAAGCACUGUUUUUUCAAUAAAGAUAACAUUAAUCAAAAAUACACACUAUACAUUGUUAAUGUGGUAAAUGACUAUUCUAGGUGGAAACGUCUGGUUUCUAAUGAAAUAUCUCCAUAGGUGUAUAGAGGCCCAUUUCCAUCAACUAUCACUCCAGUGUUCUAAUGGUACAUUGUGUUUGCUAAUCACCUUAGAAGACUAAUAUCUGAUUAGAAAACCCUUGUGCAAUUAUGUUAGCACAGCUGAAAACAGUUAUGCUGGUGAUAUAAACUAUGCAACUGGCCUUCCUUUGAGCUUGAAGUUUGAAGAACAAAAUUAAUACUUCAAAUAUUAAUCAUUAUUUCUAACCUUGUCAAUGUCUUGACUAUAUUUUCUAUUCAAUUUUCAAUUCAUUUGAUAAAUAAAAGUGAGUUUUCAUGGAAGACACAAAAUUGUCUGGAUGACCCCAAACUUUUGAACGGUAGUGUAUCUCUGGGCGGUUUUAAUGACAUGCUGAAGAGAUUAUAUGUUAAAUGAGGUAAUAAAAGAAUCAUAUCAUCCAUUCCAAGGGCCAAACUAAAUGUAGCGGCAGUUAAACAUAUUGGCCCAGUAAAAUGUCAAUCUGAAGGAAGCUAACUAUAGGGAACCGAUUAGGAGAUGAACAGAAAGCGCUGUUUGUGCUGAUUGGUGAUGACAGCCAUGGGUGGAUCCCUCCACUAUUCCCUGUCACCUUGUUUCCCCCUUCUUCAACAACUUUGAUCACCUUUUAACCCCCAGUGUGUUUUGCACAACCCUGAUGGGCCUGCUUGACAAACCUACAUGCCUUCAUUACUAUCUGCACACUGAGGUGCAGUUACAUGAUUGCUCAAGCAGAUGGGGCUGCCUUGACAGCACUACAUUGACCAAUACAUCACACAGUUACAUACUAUCCACCGACUGACUUCCACACAGUGCAUGGGGGUUGAACAAAUGAGCGAGAGCAACAAAAAUGGCCAAUUCCCAAUUCCUUCCCUGAAUUAUUGCUUAAGAUUUAUGUUGGAAUGCUGUCCUGUGUUUGAGCACUCGUCUUCCUCAUGCGGGCAAAAGUCAGAAAUAGAUAGCGAUUGACAAAUCAUAGCCCAUUUAGGGUUUCUGAGAUAAGGCUGUAAAUAGGAGGUGGUGGUGUAGAGGCGAGAAGGAAAGACUUUGGACCCACUUUAUCCUUCUUCUUCUUCAGCCACCGGCUGUAGCGCCUCGGUUUGCCUCUUUUCUUCUCGUGGAAGACAUGACGAUUGCUUUCGCCCCCGUGGAGGUGCCCGUGCACCGGAGACUGCAGACGGCGGCGGUGCUGCAGUGGAUCUACUCCUUCCUCUGCCUGGCACCCACCUGCAUCUUCCUGUUCCUGUACCUGCUGUUCACCCGCUUCUGGCUGGUCAGUGUGCUGUAUUCCGUCUGGUGGUUCUUCGACUACGACACCCCUGCACGUGGAGGCCGCAGGGUGUCCAUGAUUUGCGACCUCAAAAUGUGGGAAUACAUGCGGGAUUACUUCCCCAUCAAGUUGGUGAAGACGGCUGACCUGGAUCCCAGGCACAACUACGUCCUGGGCUUCCAUCCCCAUGGCGUGCUGGUGACAGGGGCCUUUACCAACUUCUGCACCCACGCCACAGGCUUCAAGCAGCUGUUUCCCGGCCUCACCAGCUACCUGCUCAUGUUGCCCCUUUGGUUCAGAACCCCGUUCUUCAGAGACUACAUCAUGAGUGCAGGUCUGAUUCCCUCGGACAAAAAGAGCGCCAGCUAUCCGCUCAGCAAAAGAGGGGGCGGUAACGUUGUGGUGAUAGCAGUGGGUGGGGCCCCAGAGGCCCUGGAUGCCCACCCCGGGACCUAUACUGUUCUAUUGGCUAAAAGGAAAGGCUUCAUCAAAUUGGCGAUGGAGAACGGUGCUCAUCUGGUGCCAGUCUUCUCCUUUGGAGAAAAUGAAUUGUUUGAUCAAGUGGGAAACCAAAAGGGGACCUGGCUUCGGUGGUUACAGGAGCGGAUGCAAGGAAUCAUGGGUAUCUCCCUGCCUCUCUUCCACGCACGUGGCAUUUUCCAGUACUCCUUUGGUCUCUUGCCCUACAGAAAACCCAUUAAUACAGUAGUUGGGCGACCGAUACGGGUGGAGAGGAAUGAGAAGCCAUCGGGUGAGGAACUCGAUGCCCUCCACCAGCUGUACAUGGACGAGCUCAGCAAUCUGUUUGAGGAGCACAAAGGCAACUACGGAGUGGACAAGGACACACAACUAAACUUUGUCUAAAAUGGUUAAUUUCAGAGUAAUUAACUUUUGAUACGAUGCUGUAUCAGUUAAGGGAGCAUCGACGACCAUAUGAGAGAAAAGCAACCACAAUCCACACGCUUAUGUAUCCAUAACUUAGACAUUGCUGUUCAUUCAGACUGCUGUUGGUGGCCACGGCGCUGUGGGAAAGGGUUCAGGUUUUCAUCUCCUUCUCCCAGUGGUGGCAUCGGUCUGGUCUUUGAGCCUUUGUGCAAGACCUGGCGCUCUCUCAAACAGAAUCAGAGGUUGCAUUUGGAUUGCAACAUCAUAUGGGAGGCACUGUCAUAAAACACCAAUGAUUUCAGGUUUUGGUCUCUGCUACCAACAGGGGAAAUUAAAACAUUUUAUACAGUA